AUGGGCCACUUAGGCGGUGGCCUGCGCAACAUUGACUGGAACUCGACAAAGCUCGAGCACUUUGAGAAAAACUUCUACGUCGAGGACAAGCGUGUUUCUGCUCGUAGCGACCGUGAAGUCGAAGAGCUCCGCCGCGUCAAAGAGAUGAAGGUGCAGGGCCGCAAUGUCCCGCGUCCUGUCACUUCCUUUGACGAAAUCGGCUUCCCUGAGUACAUCAUGUCCACAGUCCGUGCGCAGGGCUUUGCUGGGCCGACACCGAUUCAGUGCCAGGCGUGGCCUAUGGCGCUGACUGGCCGAGAUGUUGUCGCUAUCGCGCAAACUGGUAGCGGUAAAACGAUCUCGUUUGCCCUCCCGGCGAUGUUGCACAUCAAUGCGCAACCUCUUUUGGCGCCUGGCGAUGGUCCCAUUGCGCUUAUUCUUGCUCCCACCCGUGAGCUCGCUGUACAGAUCCAGCAAGAGUGCACAAAGUUUGGUGCCAACUCGAAAAUUCGCAACACUGCCGUCUACGGUGGUGCACCAAAGGGUCCCCAAAUCCGUGACCUGCAACGUGGUGUCGAGAUUGUCAUCGCCACACCUGGCCGUCUCAUCGAUAUGCUCGAGUCCAGCAAGACUAACUUGCGCCGCGUGACUUACUUGGUCAUGGACGAGGCUGAUCGUAUGCUGGACAUGGGUUUUGAGCCUCAGAUCCGCAAGAUCGUCAGCCAGAUCCGACCUGACAGACAGACGCUGAUGUUCAGCGCGACCUGGCCUAAGGACGUGCAGAAGCUCGCUAACGACUUCCUGAAGGACUUCAUUCAGGUCAACAUUGGCUCUAUGGAGCUCACUGCAAACCAUAGCAUCCAGCAAAUCGUCGAAGUUUGCAGCGAAUUUGAGAAGCGGUCGAAGCUUAUCAAACACCUUGACCAGAUCAGUCAAGAAAAUGCGAAGGUGCUGAUAUUCGUGGGCACGAAGCGAGUCGCCGACGAUAUCACCAAGUAUCUCCGUCAAGACGGAUGGCCAGCACUGGCCAUCCACGGUGACAAGGAACAGCGCGAACGUGACUGGGUUCUGGGCGAGUUCAAGGCUGGAAGAUCGCCUAUUCUGAUUGCUACCGAUGUAGCCUCCCGUGGUCUUGACGUGAAGGACGUCGGCUAUGUCAUCAACUAUGACUUCCCCAACAAUUGCGAAGACUACAUCCAUCGUAUCGGUCGUACAGGACGUGCCGGUAUGACGGGUACUUCGUAUACCUACUUCACCACGGACAACGCCAAGUCUGCCCGUGAGCUCAUCGGCAUCUUGCGCGAGGCCAAGGCCCAUGUCCCUCCUCAGCUGGAGGAAAUGUCGAUGUUCGGUGGCGGCGGCGGCGGUGGUCGCAGCCGUUACGGCGGUGGCGGACGUGGACGCGGCGGAGGAGGUGGUGGAGGUGGUGGAGCUAGAUCAUGGGGUGGCCAUGACAAUGGCUACGGUGGCAAGAACGAUCGGUGGUGAAAUUUUUCUUCUCUUUCCUUAUGUUACCCCGGGUCGGACGCCUCCUGCUCCUGAACGCUCUACCCAACAGGGGAGAUAGAAUUUACAUGCGGUUGUCGGCUGUAAUGCGUGCUUUUCGAAUGCCGUUUGUAAUAUGGGUAUAUAGAGUCGUCGUCGUCGGCGCUUGCAGAACGCACAGCGGUAGUCGACGGUCAUCAUGACGAACAUUCAAUAGAUGGAAACAGGUUAAUCAUCUGUGUUUGAGGCUUUCCGGGCCCCGGCUACUCUGAGAAUGCGAAGACCACUGCACUCGAGGCUGUAAGUAGUGUCCAUCCAAGAUUGCAUAUAUGUGAUUGCGUUCGCGUUAUCCUACAUGAUGCACAACAACUACAACAAGGGACUUCACCGCGAGGAGUAUUUUCACUUCUCUG